UUCGGAAAACCCAUUCGGCGCGCAGUUACUGAGUUGGAAGAGAUAUACAUCAUGGUCAGUUGUGUCGAUUAAUAAUUUCGUUACGAUUUCCGAUUUCUAUACAUCUCCCGGCAAAGGCAAGGUAGAAAUAUAUCCUGGAACGAACUUUUAUUUUUCUGAGGGCAUCAAAGCGAAUAUUAUGGAUAAAUCCAAAGUUUUGGAGCUUGUCAAUCACUGGCCUCUCCUUGUGCAGCAUGCACUGAUCGAGGUAUAUGGGAAGAAUUUAGCUUUAUUUUGUGCAAAAGGCAGCAAAAAAGAUGGACGCCCGGGUAUUGAUGCCCACUUUUAUAAAGCUCUUUACUACUGGGCAUGUGACUGGAACGGUGGUAAGAUUACUGAAGAAAAAUGUAUUGAUAAUGUCAAUAAAGCUGCGUAUAAUGAAAGAAAGGUUCGCAAUCAAGCUGAGAAAAUUCUGAAAAUUCCAAAAAAGGAUGCCGAGACUCACCCUAAGCCAGGAGCGACAGAUAAUCAAACGAAGGCUAUAUUGC